ACCUGAAGGCAGCGCCAGCGGGAGAGGUAUGUUUUAAUAUUUCAAACUGCACCUGAAGGCAGCGCCAGCGGGAGAGGUAUGUUUUAAUAUUUCAAACUGCACCUGAAGGCAGCGCCAGCGGGAGAGGGGGUGGAGUGUGAAACAGAGGCGUAACAACAGCGAGAGAGGAGGGGGAAGAGCGCAAGACCCAGCUACUAAUGCCACCACAGCGGGCUUGUUUAUCACAACUUAGCCGCUAUUGUGCGAUAUUGGCGCUACAGAUAAAACCACAUUUCAAGGAUGUCCUUGGACUGAGAUGUUAACAGUUAACGUUAAACAAACGGUACUCCGCCGAAUGUGUCUAAAAUGGCAGAAGUGUGCGCCCUGUAGUCCGCUAGAUUAACGUGGAGACGAGGGACAUCCCUCGUCGUUCACCGUGCAGCGCGACCGUAGUUAAUCUCCGUAUGACGGCUUCUGUAAACGUUUGGGACCUCUUCGACCAACCUCCUGCUGCUCGACUGACCUGUCCAUCCUGCUUUUAGAAAAGCAGCAGAAGGGGAAACCAGCGAGCUGUCAAAAUGAAAUUCACCGAGCAUCUCUCGGCUCACAUCACCCCGGAGUGGAGGAAGCAGUACAUCCAGUAUGAGGCUUUCAAAGAGAUGCUGUAUGCUGCUCAGGACCAGGCCCCAUCCAUUGAAGUCACAGACGAGGAUACAGUUAAGAGGUACUAUGCCAAGUUUGAGGAGAAGUUCUUUCAGACGUGUGAAAAAGAGCUGGCCAAGAUCAACACCUUCUACUCUGAAAAGCUGGCUGAGGCUCAGCGGCGAUUUGCCACCCUGCAGAACGAGCUGCAGUCAUCAUUGGACGCCCAGAGGGAGAGCUGGGCUAAUGGGCGGAGCCUGAGGAGGAGGAAGACGGUGUUUGCCCUGUCGCAGCAGGAGCGAUGCAAACACAGAAACAUAAAGGACCUGCAGCUGGCCUUCUCAGAGUUCUACCUCAGCCUCAUCCUGCUGCAGAACUACCAGAACCUAAACUUCACAGGUUUCAGGAAGAUCCUGAAGAAGCAUGAUAAGAUUCUGGAGACGUCAAGGGGGGCUGACUGGAGGGUCGUCCAUGUGGAAGUGGCUCCAUUUUACACAUGCAAGAAAAUCACUCAGCUCAUCUCUGAGACCGAGGCGUUGGUCACAAUAGAGUUGGAAGGUGGUGACAGGCAGAGGGCCAUGAAGAGGCUGAGGGUCCCCCCCCUUGGAGCUGCACAGCCUGCUCCUGCGUGGACUACCUUUAGAGUGGGCUUGUACUGCGGAGUAUUCCUGGUCUUACUGGUCACAGUGGUUAUUACAGCUGUGACUGCUGGGAGUGCUGAUGUUUGGCCUAUGGUCCGGAUCUACAGAGGAGGCUUCCUGUUGAUCGAGUUCCUCUUCCUCUUAGGCAUCAACACAUAUGGAUGGAGGCAGGCAGGAGUCAACCAUGUGCUCAUUUUUGAACUCAACCCCAGAAACAACCUGUCACACCAACAUCUGUUUGAGAUUGCAGGUCUGCUGGGGGUGCUGUGGUGCGUCAGCCUGCUGUCCUGUCUCUUCAGUGAUCGCAUCCUGGUACCAAUGCAGGCUAACCCUCUUGCCCUCUACGGCCUCUUCUUCCUCUUCCUCAUCAACCCCUUCAAGACGUGCUACUACAAGUCCCGCUUCUGGCUGCUCAAACUCUUGUUCCGGGUGGUGACUGCUCCGUUUCAUCAUGUGGGCUUUGCAGACUUCUGGUUGGCUGACCAGUUAAACUCUCUUGGUGUGGUUCUCAUGGAUCUGGAGUAUAUGAUCUGUUUCUACAGUUUUGAACUGGACUGGACAAAACACAACGGACUCAUUAGCAGUGAAGGCAAAGACGUGUGUAAUUCCUACUCCUAUGGCGUCCGUGCGGUCAUCCAGUGUCUUCCUGCUUGGUUCCGAUUCGUCCAGUGUCUUCGACGUUACCGUGACACCAAACGGGCAUUCCCUCACCUGGUCAACGCUGGGAAAUACUCUACUUCCUUCUUUGUGGUCACCUUUGCUGCGCUGUACAGCACACAUAAAGCUGAAGCCCACGCUGACGCCAAUAUCUUCCUGUACUUGUAUGUCGGCUGCUCAGUGGUCAGCUCGUGUUACACACUCAUCUGGGACCUGAAAAUGGACUGGGGCCUGUUUGACCGCAACGCAGGAGAGAACACCUUUCUGAGGGAGGAGAUAGUCUACCCACACAAGGCCUAUUACUACAGCGCCAUAGUGGAGGAUGUGCUGUUGCGUUUCGCAUGGACUCUAACGGUCACUCUCAGCACGGUCUCUGGGUUUUACAGCAUCUCUGACAUCCUGGCCACUGUACUUGCCCCAAUGGAGGUCUUCAGACGCUUUGUGUGGAACUUCUUUCGGUUGGAGAAUGAACACCUGAAUAACUGUGGUGAGUUCAGGGCAGUCAGAGACAUCAGCGUGGCUCCGCUCAAUGCUGACGACCAGACACUGCUGGAGCAGAUGAUGGACCAGGAAGACGGAGUCAGAAACCGGCAGGGCAAGAAGAGCUGGAAGAGGAGCUACAGCAUGAGUCUACGCAGACCCCGACUGGCCUCACAGUCCAAGACCCGUGACACCAAAGUUUUGAUUGAGGACACAGAUGAUGACUCCUGACAUCAGGCCACGCCCCUCGCCUGGGUCCAGAAUUUGUUUAAAGGAAACUCCACCUCCUAACUGAGGAAUUACCCAGCGAGUCAGGCUUUUAACUCUCAACCAAGGACAGGUUUGAACCUCUCCGCCUACGUAAUCCGGAGCUUCUGCUUUGGUUCAGAACUGUAAAAAGGGAGGAACUUCCACCUCUUGAACCCAGCAACAUGACCAUCAAACUCUCCUCGACCUUUAACAAUAAUCACGGGUGGGCUUAAGCUGUAGGUGGGUCACUCAGUGGGCACCUCUUUAACUACCAUCAUUGCUUGAGCUCUGUUAAAAAAGCCCCAGUCUAGCAUGAGCAGCGCACCCCCCUCACUCUGACAGGAAGUGGCCCCGCUCCGUGUCCGUACAGGGAGAGGCCGGCAACUUCCAACCUGCUGCUGUUGAGGACCAAAGGUCUUUCUCCUGGACUUUUGUGUCCACCUACACCACACCACGAGAGAUACAAGUCAACUUUUCAUUUGGAGUAAAUAUAAAGCAAACUGAAAGGGGAUGAAAGUGUCCUCCUGACCAUUGGUCACCAGACUAUGCUGACAACCAUGUGGAAAAGCCACCAAUGGCUUGACUCCUCCCACCCCUUCAAAUCAUCACAGAGCUGCCUACCUGCAUCUUACACGCUUUAGAACCACACACACACACACACACACACACACACACACCGAAACAUGCACUUUCUAGGAGCGGAAUGGAGAGGAAUGCCUAUUGUGUGUUUGCACACACACAAACUGUGAUUUCAACUGUUUUAUUGUUGAUGGAUGAGCGUUACAGAAGAAACACACUUGCACAUGAAGUAGUAAAAGUACCAGUGCCCGACCAAAGCAGGAGGCUGUAUGAAAGGGUUCAGACUGCAUGGAACCGAUGUGGCGAUUCGAGAAGAACAUGAUCACCUUAAACAUCUUAUUACUUCCACUACCUGAGUGUGGAAGUGGUUUUACUGAAUGGAUGCCUACUUAUUUCUGUAUGUAUGAGUGGAAUGAACCUAAACACAAACCGCUUAGUUCAACGUCAAACAAAAAACCGAUGAAAUGUUGAUUGACAACACUUGAAGUAGACUGGUUUAUGAUGCAUUACAUUGGUCCAUUGAAAUGUGAGGAUGAUGAAAAGGAGGGAGGUCACCUGUUUAUCACAUAUUGAUGGUCUAGCUCAACUUGAAUCUGGAUGGAAGGGGGGGGGGUCGUCUUGAUUGGUUGGUUUUACACUCAUGAGAUACAUGCGUAACUCAGGUUCCAAAAACACACUUUAAAUAUGUAAAGAUUAGUCUUGAGACCAAAUGAUUUUAAUGUAUUUGUAUGUUCCGAAUGUUACUGUACUAUUGGUCACAUAAUAGCUGUGAUUAGCCUGUAUUAGCUCAAUGGAGAGAGAUCCAGGGAUAUAUUUGGAAACAGUCUUCUAGUAUUAAAUGCUUCCUCGUUAAUGCCCACUCUAACUUCCUCCAUGUUUACCUGUGAUCCUGCUUAACUGACGCAUUGUUUCCCACUCACACUCUUUCCUUCCCUAUUCAUUUACAUUAUCUUCCUGUUGUUCCACUAUUAAUGAACAUUAAAAGGUAGUCCAGCCUUACUGUUACCAAUGCUCCUUUAUCUAAAAAAGUGAUGUGUUUUACUAACUGCAGCUUUGCUGAAUUAUUCAGUUUAAAAUAGAAAUGGGUGACAGCCCUUGUAUGUUCUUUUUUUAAGCAGCCAUUAUUGGUUUAUUCUGGGUCUUAGCCUUGGUUUUGUAUGAGAAUUACCUGUAACAUUCCUUAACAGCUGGUAGUUUAGGGCCUUGCAGGGGUCUGUUAUUUAGUAUCUGUAGUUACUUUAUAUCAUCAUAUUCUGCACAAUCCCAUUUAAAGGUGUAACAUCUGUUACCGAACCAUUGGAGCUACAAAAUGAAUCCAUUCUCCACUGUUGGAUGAUGACAUGUAGUUGUGAUUGCACUGGGGGAAAUGUCCAAGUGUCUCUAAUAGAAUGGAGGUAGUGAUUUGUUUUUUUGUAUGCAGUGUACUUCUUGUUGGUCCAACAACAGCUCAUGUUAUGUCUUAAAGUGUCACAAUGGACUUAGGUUGAGAAGGUUCUGUUUAGGUUGUACUUUCUACUACUCAUUGCUUUUAUUAAUGAGCCCUUUUUAUUAACACUGUGCUUUACUGUUGAACGGUUUUGCUGUUUGAGUAGAUGAGUGACUUACUUCCAGAAUCCUCCAGGAAGCCCUGCUUGAAAUCAAUUCCUAAUGAGCAAUAUAUCCUCUCAUAAAGCUUCUUUUAUUGCCAAACUUAAUGGUUUGUUUUUAUUUUUUUGUAUGUUUAAAGUCAUUGAGAAAGCUUGAGUCAUGUGUGUUAGGUUCAGUUGGUGGGUUGGUUUGUCUCGGCCAAUAGAACACAUUGAGUUGGUGGGUUAGUUUGUAUCGACCAAUAGAACACAUUCAGUUGGUGGGUUGGUUUGUCUCGGCCAAUAGAACACAUUGAGUUGGUGGGUUAGUUUGUCUCGACCAAUAGAACACAUUCAGUUGGUGGGUUAGUUUGUCUCGACCAAUAGAACACAUUCAGUUGG